AUGAUAAGUUAUAUUAUUCUUAUAUUCCAUGCAUUGUUUGUUGGGUUCAACUCAGCAAUAGAUAAUGGAGAUACCAACUGCAAAGAGAGGGAGAGACAUGCUCUCCUCGGUUUCAAACAAGGCCUUCAAGACGAGUACGGUAUGUUGUCUACAUGGAAUGAUAGUCCAAAUGCAGAUUGCUGCAAAUGGAAAGGAGUUCAAUGCAACAACCAAACUGGUUAUAUUCAAAGUCUUGAUUUGCAUGGUUCAAAAACACGCUAUUUGAGAGGCAAAAUCAACCCUUUAAUAACUGAAUUGCAACAUCUUACAUAUUUAGACCUUGGUUUUUUGAAUACUAGUGGUCAAAUCCCAAAAUUUAUUGGCUCCUUCAGCAACUUGCGAUACAUUGAUCUCUCAAAUAGUGGUUUCGAUGGGAAGAUUCCUGCUCAGCUUAGGAAUCUCUCAUUGUUGCAAUACCUUGAUCUCAGCCGCAAUCAACUCAUUGGAUCAAUCCCUGAUGAUUUUGGCACUAUGAUGCUUUCACUUGUGGAUCUCUAUCUGGAUGGCAAUAGUUUAGAAGGCAAGAUCCCUACAUUUAUUGGGAACAUAUGUACAUUGAAGAGCUUUUGGGCUAAUGAUAACCGCUUAAGCGGAGAUAUUUCAUACUUUACAGUUCAUAAUAACUAUUCGAACUGCAUUGGAAAUGUAUCCUCGUUACAGGAAUUAUCCUUAUCAAAUAAUCAAAUUACUGGCAUGUUACCAAAUCUUUCAAUCUUAUCAUCUUUGAGAAUGUUGUAUCUUGCUGGAAAUAAAUUAUUUGGAGAAAUACCCACGAGCAUUGGAUCAAUUAUGGAGUUAAAGUAUUUGGAUUUGAGCGUAAACGCUUUUGAAGGUGUCAUCUCUGAAUCUCAUUUCACUAACCUCUCCAAAUUGGAAGAUCUAUAUUUGUCUUAUAACUUUCUGACUGUGAAGGUUAGUUAUGACUGGGUUCCUCCCUUUAAAUUAAUAAAUUUGAAUCUAGCAUCUUGCAAUCUAAAUUAUAGAUUUCCUAACUGGCUUCAAACACAAAACUCCUUAUCCUAUCUUAUCCUUUCAAAUGUCAGUAAUCUAGAUCCAAUACCUACUUGGUUUUGGGGGAAAUUGAAAACACUAGUGAUAUUAUUGGACUUGUCAAACAAUGAAUUAAAGGGUGAGUUGUCUGAUUGUUGGAAUAAUUUAUCCUCAUUACAAUAUAUUGACCUGAGAAAUAACAAGUUGUCUGGAAAGAUUCCCUUCUCAAUGGGUGCCCUUUCUAAUUUGGAGGCUUUGAGUUUAACAAAUAAUAAUUUGGGGGGACAACUUCCUUCCUCAUUAAAGAAUUGCUCAAACUUGGCUUUAUUGGAUCUUGGAGAAAAUAUAUUUCAUGGUCCAUUACCUUUAUGGAUUGGAGAUAGUUUGCACCAAUUAAUAAUCUUAAGCCUUCGGUUCAAUAAAUUCAAUGGAAGUCUACCUUCAAAUCUCUGUUAUUUGAGAAAUCUUCAUGUCUUAGAUUUGUCACUUAAUAGCUUAUCAGGAGGAAUCCCAACUUGUGUAAAGAAUCUUACUUUAAUGGCUCAGGAGUUCAUUAAUUCAACUUCAUCAUUUCUACCUGUGAUUUCACUCAACAACUGGUCUUUUAAUUUACCCUAUGGUUUCGACCUAUUCUUGAUGUGGAAAGGGGUAGACCAACUUUACAUAAAUCCUUAUAGGUUUUUAAAAACAAUUGAUCUUUCAAGCAACCAUCUUACAGGGGAAAUACCAGUUGAAAUGGAGUACUUAUUUGGUUUGAUUUCCUUAAAUUUGUCGAGGAACAAUCUCAGUGGGGAAAUCAUUCCGAACAUAGGAAACUUCAAGUCACUUGAAUUUCUUGAUCUCUCAAGAAAUCAUCUUUCAGGAAGAAUUCCUUCCAGUCUAGCCCACAUUGAUCGUCUCACUUGGUUGGACUUGUCAAACAACAAGCUCUAUGUGAAAAUUCCAAUUGGAACGCAACUGCAGACAUUUAACGCUUCAUGUUUUGAAGAAAAUUCUAAUCUCUGCGGAGAACCACUUGAUAUAAAGUGUCCAGGCGAAGAGCCACCGAAAUAUCAAGUGCAAACAACUGAUGCAGGAGAUGACAAUUUAAUAUUUUUGGAAGCAUUAUACAUGAGUGGGGGGAUAGGAUUCUUCAUUGGCUUCGUUGGCUUGGCAGGCUCAAUAUUUUUACUACCAUCUUGGAGAGAAACUUGCUCCAAAUUCUUGAACACAUUGAUAUUGAAAAUCUUCUUGUGGAGGAAGCAGUAA